UAGAGAUUUGUCUCUAACAGCAUCAUUGCUCCUAUAAUUACCAUUACUAAAAAAAAGAAAAGUUAACCUCUUCAAAAAUUAAAUCCUUGAUACGCAACUGCUCAAGAAAAUGCAAGAAAAUAGUCAUGAAUCUCCAUUCAAAAGUUGCCCUCGAUAUACCGAAGGGAGCGAUCGUGACCAACAAUCUGGAUACUCCCCAAGGCGGCAGACAAACGCCCAGAUAAUGGACAAUUGACACAGAUCAGGAGUCCCCGAAAAGGUGCGACCUUCGCCGGUGAUGGGUCGACCUCGUAGUAUUACUGAAUCCGUUUCGUCAUCCACCAUUGGAAUUAAUAGGUUUUGAUAAGAAUUUACCAUUGAUAAGGAUCCAUUAAAAAAAUAUGUGAAUUGCUGAUUUCUCAUUCUCUAGUGG